AUUCUAUUUCUUGGAUAAUCCACCAACAUGUCGGAAGAGGUCAUCGUCCCGAUUUAUUGCACCGGGGUCUCAGCUCAAGUCCAGAAGCAACGGGCCAAAGACCUGGGUUUGGGGAAACAUGAGAACGCAGUCAAGCACUUGGGUCAGGAUUUUGAGAUGCUCCGCAACGAAUGUCUGCGGAAUGGGAGCCUCUUCAGGGACGAAACCUUCCCCGCCACUGCCUCUUCGCUGGGUUUCAAAGAACUGGGGCCAAACUCUUCUAAGGUCCAUGGAGUCAAGUGGAAACGCCCAACGGGGACUGCUGGCUGUUAGCUGCCAUUGCGUCACUCACGCUGAACGACCCCCUUCUCCAUCGCGUGGUCCCCCACGGACAAAGCUUCCAGAACGGAUAUGCUGGUAUCUUCCACUUCCAGAUCUGGCAGUUUGGGGAAUGGAUAGAUGUGGUGGUGGACGAUUUGCUCCCAACGAAAGACGGCAAGCUGGUCUUCGUUCAUUCAGCCGAAGGGAACGAGUUCUGGAGCGCCCUGCUCGAAAAAGCUUACGCCAA